CUGGACCAAUAAAAAUAAUGCUUCAAAUGAAGCAGUAGGACGGUGGGCAUUUUAGAAUAUACUUCAAUAUAUGUUUGCUUAUAAUAAUAAAAUUAUACUGGUGUUACAGCAUAGGGGGACCACUUAAACGCAGCCCCUUAAAAUAAAGAUUAAGCCAAGAGUGAAAAGACAUUAGCAGGCGAUCGGCCGUGGUUAAAAACAGGGAAUGGCUGAUAACGUGCUUAUGACAGCAGGAUGCAGCAAACUGCGACGUGAUGAUAAUAUAAGAGUCUCUAAUUCCACAACGAGAGACGGAUUUAUUAUUAAGAAUUCAGUUAGUCUGGCAAAAAGGCGCUGUAAUGCUGACUUUACCUAAAGAAAAUUCAGGGUCAGCGAUGUCUGAAAAUGGUUUCACUUUAAAUUGAUUUUUGUUGGUGCGGUGUAAUUUCUCACGUAAAAUAAUUCAACGUAUGGUGCGGGUUAAAGGUCUCCUCGACUCGUCUGACCUGUGAACACGGUUUUUAUACUAUCUGGAUGAAAUUACUUUGCUAGCGAUCAGGGGGAUGUACUGUAUUUUGCACAUUUAAUAAUAUUGUCAGAAUACUACUGGCAUAGUGAUUUUAAGGCAUCGUUAAAAAAAACGACAUUAUAAAGAGUGAAAUCAGCAGAAUCGGUCUAUGCGGCAAUGGACAAUGGUGACCUAGUCGAUAUUAUGUAGGUACCCCCUGCCCCCAUUCCAGACAAAGACAAGCUCUUGAUCUAUUUAGAUCUUGGGGGUGGAUGCGUGGGGGUGUUGUCAGGAAGGAUGUGACCGUGUGACAGAGAAUCAAGAAUUGAAUUUUGUUUCGAUGAGUGAAAAGAAAGCAAACGGAACAGAAUCCGACCAUUUUUAUGUAUUUGGUAAUAAGAUAUACGAUUGUAAAGUCUGGAUGUGGAAAACUGUGUCUACGAGAACGCGCUUAGGGUGUGAAUGGGAAGUUCGGAGGGAGGGAGUCAAAAUCUAUAACCAUCCUCCAUGCGAAGGAAGAUUUAUUAUCGGGGUGUUUUUUUCCUCUUCAGGAUCGACUGCAUUGAUCUUUUCUUGGGCGGGAGCUGGACGAGGCAAUUUUGCAGAGAAUGGAAUACUCCAUGCUGUAACUGCGUGAACCAGCAUCUUGACAGUGCUCCUUGUGGUCACUUAGAAAUACGUAUGUAAGAUAAGGAACAAAUAUGUUUCUGCAUUUGUUAACGAAAGCUAUCCUAAAAGAUUUAUUCUAUGAAACCCCGUUAAAGACUGCUUGGACAGCAAAAAGGAAAAUCUGAAGCAAGUUCUGACAAGAAUCGAGGACUGUGGCACAGAAGAAAAGAAGUAACAGGCUGAUCGAUACGUAAUAGGGAUUUUAUUAAAAUUAAUAACGUAUAUAUUGAAAAAGGGUUUGAUCUUUGAAACCGAGUUGCUCUUGUAGCAUAUUCACGUAGAAAAACUGAAAUUUAUUAAAAUUAUUUAUGCAUACGAAUCAAAUAUAUUUUAUUUAAAGUUUGGAGAAAGCUUUUGUUUCAGGCUUAUUCAGAACAAUGAUACAAAAGGAUUAUUUUUGGAGUGAGAUAAUCGAUUAAUGUGAAGCAACCCUGGACUGCAACAGAGAAAUUCAUCGCAUUUUACUUUUUAUUCUUUAAUCCAUACUGAGGGUUUUUAAUCUUAAUAACUGGAUCUUCUUGGAUAACAAUUGUGCACGCUAAAUAAUUAGCGCGAAUUGCUGUCCAUGGUGCUGAACUCUAGUCAUUUUAGGUGUCUAGUUUCGACUGUCAUUGAAUACCUACCAAUUUUGUAUUUUUGAGAUUUCUUAGCAAUCACGUUUCUUGCGGUGAGACGGUAACCUUAUUAUAGGAUAAACGACAGAGAGACUUUAUUGCAUGCUGAAUGCAAAUAAAGAAAGAAAGACGGAACAUAGCCUGUUUAAAAUUAAAACCUGUAUUAAAACAUACGAGACCGCAAAGCAGAUUAAAAAUAAAGGUGGUAGUAGGAAAUCUAACGGCAGAGAAAGUAGUCAAGAGAAAGGAAACGAAGGCAAAAAUGUGAUGACUAUGAGAAAGUCCUGAUUCGUCGCAUCACCAAUGUAAUUCGAUCCGCUGUUGCGGCAUUAGUACCUGAAGGGGAAGAAGGUACAUCAUUGUUAGAGACAGCAGGGGUGGGGGGCGACAGUGCAGCUGAACAUUAGGGUCAAACAUCACAGUCUAUCCGCCUGUGAGUUACAGAUCAAAAGAGAAAGGAAGACGUUUUACACAAAUAAAACCCCAGUGCCUUUGGAAGGAAAUGCACUUUUAUAAUACACGUGUUUAAACACAUAUGGCUAUAUAAAUAAGUCCCAAAUAGCUAUGUUAUGGUUUUAUUUAAGACCAACUUUGUAGUUAUUAACUAAUUAACUAGCUAAGUGCAAACUGUUAUACAUAGGAACAAAGUAAUGAGACAUAUUGUUAGAAAAACAAUGGAAAUGUACAAGUAAAGAAAGAAGGCAGAUCUAAAGAUAAGAGGGGAGAAAGACAUAACAGCAAAGUAGCAAAACGAUUCUCAAACCAGAUAAUACAUUAUCGGAAUCCUUAUAUUACUUUUAACUGGAGUCUAUGAGCGUUUGGGCGAAACAGGAAGGUGAGGAAUGAGAGACGGAGUCAACCAAUUAACCUUGUCGAGUUGCAAGCAGAGGAAUUUUUUUACAAAGCUAGAAUCUGUAGGUUUGCCACCUCUGCUCUUUUUCUGUCUUUUUCUCUGUCUCCGUCGUUCCUGUAUUUAGUGGAUAAUCAGUACUAUUUUCCCCUCUCUUUCCAACCCUCAGCCCUUUCCUACUCUUCACUUGCUUCAGCUCAGAGCCCUCCUCCCCCUCCCUCAAACCCCCAAGAACCCAACCCUCCUUAAACCCACUCCACACUCCCCGUCCAACCCCCCACCCCCCCUCCGUCCCCCCGCCUACCGUCCUCCAGCUCGGUAGGCCAAAUGAUUAGCUCAGUUUGCGUAUCCUCUUUUCGCGGACGGAAGUCGGGCAACAAGGUCCCUACCAAGACAUGCUCAAAAAGCGAGAUGGGUCCGCAGCAGGACAGCGACAAGAUAGUGAUAAACUGUGGGGGAGUCCGCCACGAGACCUACCGCAGUACCUUAAAAACCCUUCCUGGGACCCGUCUUUCCUGGCUCACAGAACCUGACGCCUUUAGCAAUUUUGAUUAUGAUCCAAAAUCGGAUGAGUUCUUUUUCGACCGGCAUCCUUCAGUUUUUGCUUAUAUUCUCAAUUACUACCGGACUGGCAAGCUACACUGUCCCAACGACGUAUGUGGCCCCUUAUUCGAGGAGGAGCUCGCUUUCUGGGGGAUUGACGAGACCGAUGUGGAAGCUUGUUGUUGGAUGACUUACCGACAACACAGAGAUGCUGAGGAAGCUUUGGACAGUUUUGAAACCCCCGAGCCCGAACCUCCCGAGGAUGACCCUGCACUCACCGGUGGUGCGGACGGCGACCUCAAGCGCCUUUGCCUACAAGAAGACGGAAGAAAGCAAGGCUGGUGGAAGACUUGGCAGCCGCGAAUUUGGGCUUUGUUCGAAGAUCCCUAUUCUUCCAAGUACGCCAGAUAUGUUGCAUUUGGUUCUCUAUUCUUCAUCCUUAUCUCCAUCACCACUUUCUGCUUGGAGACACAUGAAGCCUUCAACACCAUCAUCAACAAGACUGAGAACUGGAGUGCAGACAACGUGACACGACAGGAGGUAGUCAUCGAAGUGGUCACAGACUCCUGGCUCACCUAUGUAGAGGGCGUGUGCGUAAUAUGGUUUACCAUUGAGUUUCUGAUGCGGAUCACCUUCUGUCCAGACAAGGUGGAUUUCAUUAAGAGCUCGCUCAACAUUAUUGACUUUGUGGCCAUUCUACCCUUCUAUCUGGAAGUAGGGCUAAGUGGCCUGUCUUCCAAGGCAGCCAAAGAUGUCCUAGGUUUCCUUCGAGUGGUCCGUUUUGUUCGGAUUUUGAGAAUUUUUAAGUUGACACGCCAUUUUGUGGGACUGCGUGUACUGGGUCAUACACUGAAAGCCAGCACGAAUGAAUUCCUUCUUCUCAUCAUUUUCUUAGCUCUGGGGGUUCUUAUCUUUGCCACAAUGAUAUACUAUGCUGAGAGAAUCGGGGCUGAUCCAAGUGAUCCUACAGCCAGUAAUCACACUAAUUUCAAAAACAUCCCUAUUGGAUUUUGGUGGGCAGUGGUCACUAUGACCACAUUGGGCUAUGGAGACAUGUACCCUGUUACUUGGUCUGGCAUGCUGGUCGGGGCUUUAUGUGCCUUGGCUGGGGUGCUGACCAUUGCUAUGCCAGUGCCCGUCAUUGUGAAUAACUUUGGGAUGUACUACAGUUUGGCAAUGGCCAAGCAAAAGUUGCCCAAGAAGAAGAAUAAGCACAUCCCUCGUCCCCCCCAGCCAGGAUCCCCAAACUACUGUAAGCCUGAUGCAAUCGCCUCUCCUCAGAGGGCCAUCAACUCUGGUUUGCAGGGAGGAUUAGGGGGUGACUGUCCUUUGGCUCAAGAAGAGAUCAUUGAGAUCAACAAAGCAGACUCCAAACAAAAUGGUGAUGCUGCAAAUGCUGCCCUGGCAAAUGAGGACUGUCCCACCAUUGACCAGGCUUUGUCUCCAGAGGAGAAAUCUCCUAUUACUCCUGGAGGGGGCAGUGGUCGGGAGCGUUAUGCUCAUGAUAGGGCCUGUUUCCUGCUGAGUACUGGUGAAUAUAGGCCUCCAGAUGGCAACAUCCGUAAAGACUACAUACGAACUUAAACAUCUGUGUGACAAAGUCUGAAAUUAUCUAUCUAUCUAUCUAUCUAUCUAUCUAUCUAUCUAUCUAUCUAUCUAUCUAUCUAUCUAUCUAUCUAUCUAUCUAUCUAUCUAUCUAUCUAUCUAUCUAUCUAUCUAUCUAUCUCAGCACACAGAGCUAGAAUAUUUAUAAAUAUAAAAGUAGAUGGAGGAUAACCUUGUCUUUGGAAACAUCCUAGUUUCACACAAAAUGGAUAUUGAAACCCAGCAACCUGUCUAUGCAUACUGGCAUCACACUAUAGAAAACUUUAUUUGUGUGUUGAUACCUUUUGUAGAAUAAUUAUUUGAAAGGAUUAUCUUACAGUGGAAUCUAAAGUGAACAUUUGGAUAUCUUUUUGAUCUCUUUCAAAUUGAUCAUCUCACAUUUCUUCUACUUCUCCUGUUUCACCUUCUGCAUCAUCUUCAGUAUUCAUUUUUGGAUUAUAAAUUACUGACUUUGAACAAUGACUACAACAAUAAAGUCGUCUAAUGCUGAAAAAAGGUGCCGACUUGGACAAUUUUUGAAAAAACUGCCAAAAGCUUGGCAAAAACAAACAGAUUAAAGUGACAUUUAAAAUAUGGAGCUGGAUACUUGACAAAUUACGAUAAGUGAUGGAACCAGGAGUGCAGCUCUGUAUUCUUCAACAUUUACAUUGUAAUGCAAAAAAUAAAUUUAAUGAGCAAGAUAUAUAAAAGAGGAAAAGAAAUUUUCAUAAGAUACAAACUAAUAAGGAAAAAGACAAAAAAAGAAAGAAAAAUAUAAGAAUGUUGCAUUCAAAGGUGUCUUAUCUGAACUGCUAAUGAUUAACUAGGCUCUUGUGAAUUUACAACAGGUUGAUGGAAGGAUAGCUGUUACUGGAAUAUUUCUAAGGAUUGCAUUUUCCUAGCCAGCAUGACAUUUGUUUGCAUGAAACAAGAAGAAGAAAACAGAAACUAAAAGAAGAAAAUAUAUUUAAUGUUAUAUGCAAAAAAGAAAAACGAAAGAAAAAUCAAACACGUUUUUUUUUCUAUUUUCCUUUUGGGAUAUGAUAAAUAUCAAAGCCAGUUACAACCUCCUGGUGAUGUAUAUUGAAAAACUGAACUGUAUUUUAACAAGGAAUUUAAAGAAAAUAUUUAAAGAAUAUUAAUAUUCUUAUAAAUACAAAUAUCAAAGCAUUAUCAAUUAUCAAUGCUACUCUCUGUUACUUGGCGCAGGAAGAGAACAAUUCAGUCAGAAACUGAAAGCAACAUUUAUAAGGCAAUAGCUAAGAAAUCUUCUAUAGUACAAAAUGACAUAUGUAGUGAUAUUCACCUAACCUGAAAUAUUGCUAAAAAUAUAUUUUUCCCUUUUGUCAGCUUAUCAUUUUAGGCAUUUACCAUUCUUUGCAAUUGGAAUUUGCUUUUUUCGAUUACAAUACAAACGUUAGUCAUAGAGAAAAUUCAAAUGUGAACAUAUUAAUAAAUAAGGAAAUUGUUUAGAUUCAUAUAACACAUAUGCCGGGCUAAAACAAUUUUUGCUAGUCAAAAAAUGCUUGUAUUCCUUUGGAGACAUUUUCUUGCAUCUUUAUCAU